CAAAGAGGAAGAGGAAAUCGUGAAAAAUUUCGGGAAAAAUUCCGUUCUCCUCGUAUUCGCCGUUUUUCUCGUUAUUUCACUUUGUUUUUGUUUAUUUUCCUGACGACACGCUAUUUAAAUCGACCCGACUUAAUGAUGGCGGAGUUCCAUCGACUGGCUGACCAAAAAUACACCGAAGCUGAGUAUCUAUUCCAGCAGACAAUCGAAAUGGCCAAAUCAGAUGAAGAAUACGACGUGGAACUUUGCUCUACACCACCACCGCAAACGGGCGAAGUGUACGACCUGGAGUUGUUGCCACAGGAGCCCAGUAUUUUCUCAUGGAAGGUUGUAAAGCGUCGCCAGCGACCGCAUCGCCGUUACACUGUAUCGCACGGUGCACCACCAGCGCCGCCAUCCACGCCCACAUCACUGACGGCCAAUAAUACUCCUGCGCCCUCUCCCACCGCCUCUAGCAAUUUCAACGUGCACGGUAAUGCCGAUGACGAGCCACUGAACAGUCUCUUUUACAUUCUCGACUACGCACCCAAGUACAAAAAGAAACUCAAGGAGCAGCAACGCACCGAUGCCGAGCUAGCAGAGCUCUUCAAUGCCGUUACGAUAACUAGCAGUGGAGUUGGUGGUGGUAACGGUAAUGCGAGUAAUGGUGGCACGUUGUGUGAUGCAACAUCAGCCAAGUUGCCACCGGAACGUGGCAUAAGUGCCCAUUCCCGUGUGAUACGAAAACCUGAAUCUAACACUAAAAUAUUUAAGAUCCAUCGAAAUCCGAAAGAAUUUUUUCGGGAAACGGUGAGUGUAGGUGACGAAGAGGACUCUGUGUCAGCACCCGAAUAUGAUGAUGCCCAGGAAGAGGAAACCCGAUUUCGACGACUGAGACGCUAUAAAUUUUCCACAACGCGUAAUCGACUACAAAAAUCAAAGCGGCAACGACGUUUUGCACGCUUUGAACAUCAAGAGCGUAUGGACUCUAUGAUGGAUAAUUUUGACGCCGCCAUGAAAAUGAACGAAGCCUAAAUUGUUAGCUGUUUUCGUGGCUGACCAAUGUCCGUUUGAGAUAAAGCGGCAUGCAACAGUGAAAUGUGAGGAAACUGAGUUCAGGAAAAUUACGACAAAAAUUAGCAUAUGGACGAGAACGACGACGAUGCAGACGUCGAACCUUCCAAAUGGGUCUCAAUGUGAUGAAUAUGAAUUUCUUCUGCUAAAUUAUUAUUAUUAAUGAACUGCAAAAUAAUUUCUUCACUGAAUUUUUUGCGUAAAAUCCACUUUAAACUUUAAACGAGUAGAUUCUUUCCCCUUUUUUAUAUAUAUUUUU